AUGGCGAAUCCUCUUAUGUCCGAAGAGGACAAAGUCUGGCAUCUUCUGAAAGGUAUUGCCGAAGACAUGUAUACCUACAUGAUUAGCAAGAGUGAUCGUGGUCGUCAGUUCGUUGGGGAUGCCAUCGAAGAACUGGUUCGUCAGUGCCAUUCGCAGUUCCGCCAUUCAUUCCCCUAUCACCCUCAGACGAAUGGACUGGUAGAACCUAAAGAGAGGCCCCCUGAAAUAACCGUGGGGGAGGCAACACAAGUCAGUGCACUGCCUUUGCCGUCAAUGCAGUAUGUUGGUCUCUACACCGAUGAAAAUGUGCAGCAUGGACUAGCUCCGUUGCCACCUCGGCCACUGCAUGAAGGCUAUUCCAUGUUUGGUGCUCCAUUUCAUGGGGAUGAGCCAGUCAUCCACCCUUUGGAAAGCCGAGGGAUACGGCGACUAUACCCGCAAAACUAUGAGCACAAGAAGGAGCUGAAGAAGCUGAAUCAUUCCCUGCUGGUCAAUUUCCUUGACAUGGUUGACAUCUUGAUCCGGUGUCCUGACAUUUCCAAGCGGCUCGAGAAAAAAGAGGACAUGAGCUUGCUUUUCAUUCAUAUGCACCACCUGAUCAAUGAGUACAGGCCCCAUCAAGCAAGGGAGACGCUGCGAGUGUUGCUCGACAUGCAGAGGCAGCAGCGGUUAGACACAGCGCACAGAUUCCAGAAACACUUGGACAAGGUGCGUCAAAUCCUACAGAACACUGUGAUUGUCCUCCUUGAACCUGAGCUGACCACCACGUGGCAGCUGCCAGUUCAGACAACAAAUUCAGUUGGAACCACCCAGGGACAGUCACCUGUGCAAGGACACUGUCUCAGCCAAGACAGUAUUAUGUGUGGAAUAGUGGAUGCUCUAUGACUAAUAUUGCACUUGCUGCGGUGGACACAGAACACACGAGACAAAAUGCUUGGAUAUUCAAAGCUUCUUGUUGAGCACUUCGUGCACUACAGUAUCGUAUACAUGCUGCCGAUGACAUAACACAUGCAAGAGAUAUUGCGUAUUCAUGCAGUUUUUAUUAUUGCAAGCUGGAUCAUGUAUAGAGGUAUUGUCCAUGUUUAUUAUGAACACAAGAAGGCAGGGGAUUUAAUAAGUAUACAUCUGUAACUACUUGAUGCUGCUCUUGACAAAGUUGCGCUGAUGGAGUGCUUAAAAAACUUGGUCGACAAGUUAUAGGAAUACAUUUAUUUUUUCCUGUUUUAGUUUUUCAUUAUAGGCUAUAUCACCUGAACAAAGAAUAUGUGUAGCAGUUGAAACAGUGCUAUGAUCCCAGCUGUGGCAGUAGAAUUUCGAUGGAGGCAGGAUGGUAGAGGCCUGUGUACUGCACAAAGUCAGUGCAUGUUAAAAAACUCUAGAUGGUCGAAAUUUUUGGAGCCUUUCACUCUGGCUUCUGAUAUAUUCUUAUUGUAGUCUUGAGGUGUAAAACCUCAAAUAUUAUUAUUAUUAUUCAGUGAUGUAAGUGCUACUCCAAUUCCUCAAAACUGCUCUAAAAAAGAAAUGCUGCUCCAUGCUGGUCCAAAGUGCAAUAUUUACUAGUAGCUGCUACAAACCUGAUUCAAAAUAGUGUUGGCAAACUAAAAAGAAUGAUGUUGAACCAUGGCAUCAUCCCGUGAGCAUAAGCAAAACCAAAAGCAAGCUGUACACACUAUCAUGCUAGAAUGCUACUCAGUGGCGUAAAGCCAGAAAAAUCUCAAGGGGUGAGACAUAUCAGGCCAUGGUGUCAAAUUCAUAUUUUCAAUAUGGGUAGUAUUUUUAUUUAUAUAGAAAUUAAUUUAUGCUUUCAAAUAAACUUAAAAAAACGAGCAUGGGGUUCGAGCUCGAGCAAUUGCAUUGUAUUGUUCUAUUCAGUCUCUUUUUUUCUGCCUUUUUUUUUCUAUUUACAUAGUUCACUCAGCUGAGGGGCAUUUACCAAAAGUACCCAGUAAAAGAUAAAACGCCUUUUAGAAAGGUGAUUGUGCUAUACUUAACUGAUAACUCAAUUUUAUCAUGUGCUAAACUAAAUCUCAAGUGGGACACUUGCAAGGUGUGCCCUCAACUGCCUGAACACCACAAAAGUCCAGACUUUCUUGACCCCCACACCCCCAUUCAUGAUAUACGCCAACUAUGCUGCUUAUAUAUACUAGCUGCAUACUAGCAUAUGACAUGUUUAAUAAUAAGUAUAAAUAUUUAUUAGAUGCUUAAGUGAUGUCUUAGACUUGAGGAGUCAUUGGGAACAUGCAUUUUCUCCGAAAACACCAACAGCAAUCCUAAGCUAUAGCAUAUUUUUCUGCUCCAAAGACACUUGAGCCUGCUCCAAAGCACAAUUUUUUCUGCUCUAGAAUCUGCUCUAAACAGCAAAAUGCCACUUUCAUCACUGAAGUAUUAUUGAAAUGAUGCUAUAACACGAGUAAAGGUAAGACAAUGGUUUGUAAAGCACAUAAAAUGUUUUGCAGAGUACUAUACACAUUCUGUGCCCAGUACACAGUAAAUUUCAUACGAUUGAGAUCUUCUGCAUCGCCACUGGAGGGAAGGAGAAAAAAAUAAAAAUUGAAGCUAAAGUUAAUAUGCAUAUGAUUCGAUCAAUUUUUUUAUGUGUAUACUCCUACCAAUAUGACAAUCCUAUCAAUGUGACUACGCUGUAGCAUUUUCUUGUGUGUUAGCAGAGGGCCCACAUGUAUAUAGAUUACUUUCUUGUGUGAUGGGUUUUAUAUAAAAUGAAAACAUGACUGAAGGUUCAACUCUUAUUUUUAUCCAGUUGUAAACAACAGGUGUGGAUAUGCAGGUGGCUUGCACAAUGUGUGCCUUGCCUCAAUAGUUUUGACACUUUCAAGCCCAUGUGCCUUGCUUUGCGAUUGGAGCAGUAAACAGGUACUGCUGAA